AUGAAUUUAUUUGAAAUUUAUCCUGAAAUGGAUCAGGAAAAAUCCUUUGAUAAUCUCUUGUAUAAGAGAGUCUCAUUUAAGAAUAGUGAAAACAAUUAUAAGUUGUUUGGAUUUGAUAAAUGCUUUAAAAAAAGGUGGAAAAGUUUGUUUAAGAAUUUUGCUAUUCCAUUUCAAUAAACCCAUUAUUUUGACAACAAAGAAUUAAAUUAAAGCUGUCAUUGCAAUGAAUGCGGAGGAAAAGUUAAAAAGAAAAUUUUGAUUUGCAACAGGGAAUUAAGAGACUAUCAAUUCUCCGCUAUGAAAUUAAGAUAUCCAGCAUCACCUAAGUUAUCUAUUUAACCUUAAACAGUUAGACCCUCAAACAAAGAUCUGAGUUUAAUUGGUUCCUCAGCUCAUUUUAGUAUUAUAUUAAUUAAUUUUUAUGUGACAAACAUCAGAAAUAAGUCGUUUAGAGAAGUGCUAGAGAAUCUCUCAUUCCAGUUAUCUAAUUGA